AUGGGGGGAGCAUACCACAACAAAGAUCCUGUCACGGUGUAUUCUGGGAAAUUUGGGCAGAACGAGAAGGCCUGGCACCCGACUGGGACGUGCCCACCCUCUCUCAGCCUCCACAAGAGACCCGGGACCCUCGGACCGGGCCUGGACCGGGUCCGGGUGCUGGACCUCCGCAGUGACUCGUCCACCCAACCCGGGCCGGAGAUGCGCCGGGCCAUGGCGGAGGCCGAGGUCGGGAGCGACUUUGUCGGGGAAGACCCGACUGUCAACGAGUUGCAGAAAAUUGCAGCUGACAUGUUUGGGAUGGAAGCCGCUCUGUUUGUCCCUUCUGGUACCAUGAGUAACCUCAUUGCAGUGAUGGUGCACUGCAGGAACCGGGGAGACGAUAUGAUUGUGGGUGAUCUGUCUCAUCUGCACAUCUAUGAGCAGGGAGGUAGUGCAGAGGUGGCUGGCGUCCACGCCACCACGGUGACCACCCUCCCCGAUGGGACGUUUGACUUGGUGCAGCUGAAGUCAAAGAUCUGCCACGGUUAUCCAAACCCACGUUACCCGCGCUCACGCCUCCUAUGUGUGGAGAACACGCACAACAUACAGGGAGGACGUGUGCUUCCUCUGGCCUUUCUGCAGGAGGUUCGCUCUUUAGCAGAUCAAUAUGGUCUGUCAGUUCACAUGGAUGGAGCCAGAGUGAUGAAUGCUGCCCUGGCCCAAGGGGUGGCUGCAUCCACCAUACUGCAGCACACACACACAGUUGGUAUCUGUCUGUCCAAGGGACUGGGUGCACCAGGAGGGGCUAUUCUUGCUGGACCCCAAGACUUCAUAUCCAAAGCUACAUGGUGCCGUAAGAUCCUUGGUGGAGCAAUGACACAGCCUGGAGUUCUCGCAGCAGCUGGAAAAAUGGCUUUACAAGACAUGGUAGGAAGACUGGAGGAGGAUCACCGCAAUGCAAAAACAUUUGCUCUUGGCCUACUUGACUGUGACCCUUGUCUCUUCGCUAUGGACAUCGCUUCUGUGGAAACAAACAUUGUCCGUUUCCGACUGCAGGAUUCAACACUGAGUACCUCUGAGUUUUGUGCACGUAUGCAUGAGGUCGGGGAGGGCGAAGAAACAGCUCUGGGGCAGGGGGUGCAGGUUCUCAUGUGCCCUUAUUUUGGUGGCUCCAUCAGGGCUGUGUGGCAUCUUGGGAUAUCUGAGGAAGACACCCAGUUGGCCAUCCGAAAAAUGCAAUUUGUAGCCUCUCAAUUUGUGAAAGAUAGAGUUAUGGCCCAGCAUGCUUAACCACAGGUAGGACUGGGAUAUUCAAAGAGUAAUGACACCAAGACUGGUGGAUUCCAGACU